CUUAACAGCUUUCACAGCCCAUGUGCUUCCACUGACAUGCAACUGAUAUUAAAUGAUGAAUGCCAAAAUAAUGAAGAAUAACGAUUAAGUAAUCAAAUGAUGAAUCAGAACAGCCUGUCUCCUAGGUGCAAGAAGGGGCAAUUCCAGCGGCCAGUGGAGAUUUCUCCUGAGCUGGAGAAGAGACUCAGUGAUUUCUCUCCGAAAAUCUUUGUUCUAAAGGAGACUCUGAAGAAAUUGAAAGAUACCCUGCCCUCCGAACUGGAGAGAGAAUGGGUGAAUGUGACUCUGGAUCCAGACACGGCUCAUCCCGAACUCGUCCUGUCUGAGGAUCGGAAAGGCGUGAGGCGGGGACACACGCGGCAGCAUCUUCCCGACAAUCCGGAGAGAUUUGACGCUGAGCUCUGUGUGCUGGGCUGUGAGGAAUUCACCUCGGGGCGACAUUGCUGGGAGGUGGAGGUGGGGGAUGGAGGAGGCUGGGCUGUGGGAGUGGCCAGAGAGUCUGUGAAGAGGAAGGGAGAGUUCAUCUUUGGACCUGAGAAGGGGAUCUGGGCUGUGGGACUGUGGAGGAGUCGGUACUUGGUCAUCACCUCUCCUGCGACACCCCUGUCCCUGAGCUGGGUGCCCAGGAGGAUCCGGGUCUCUCUGGAUUAUACACAGGGGCAGGUGGCAUUUUUUGACGCUGAUAGUGAAGCCCCGAUCUUCACUUUCCCACCGGCCUCAUUCAUGGGGGAGCGAGUCUGCCCCUGGCUCUGGGUGGAGAUGGGAUCCCAGCUCAGGCUGUGCCCUUGAGACGUGGGGUGAAAUUCACCGCUGCACCUUUCCUCUAGGCAGAGGCUCCCCCGGCACCUGGACUCCCCAUCUCUGGGACUGUGGCCAAUUUCAGGGAGCCUCUGAACUGACACAACCUCGGGUUGCUGGAUGUGAUUAGGGCAGAGAGCCCAAUCCCAUUGCCCAGUCUGGUCCUAUCCCCUCUGAUUCUGGAGAGCUCUGGCAGUCUGCCGGGCAGAUGGAGGGAGAGGAA